AGAGAAAUCAGUCUCAAAAUAAUAACCCUGACCUCAUUUUCUUUUUCCAGGGAAGAGUGGGAGUGGCAGUAGGAGUGAGAACCGUGUGCGUUCUUCCCUUCUAUUUUGUUUAUACUUUCCCUCUUUUUCCAGUGAAACCUAUUCAUUGCUGUUCCCAUCUUUAAAAUAAGCGUUCUUGUUUCCUCCGGUUUUUCUCAGCCCCACCUAGAACGCCGUCCCUUCCCCUUUCAUUCAUUUGUUUCUCUCCCUUUCUCUUCUGCUGCUAAGCGCCAGCUCUUCUUGUGAGUAAAAGAGAGGGAGUAGAAAAAUGCAGUUUAUCCCCUUUAGUUUCUGAUCUUAGUCUCAUUUGCCCCCUUUCUCUAGCAAGAAUCGAAGAGAAAACGUCCAGCUUUUCUUUAUUUCAAACUCUCUUUUCCUCUUUGUGGCAUUGUACUUGGAGAAAGAUCUAUUUUUGUUUUUGAAGUUUUCCUUUCCUGCAUUUUCUCUCAUAUAUUUCUACACUUGUCUGGGAUUUCAGUGAGAAUGAGUGGGUAUCAGAAUAUGAACUUUAUGCCCCCUCCUCCUGCUUCUCAACUUUCCCUCUGUGACACUGUAGAGGCCAUGGAUCAUCCUGGAGAGAGAAGUUCUAGGACCACUGGAUCGGGUUUUCAGAUUUUGGGCCCCUCGUUAGAGAAUGGUAAGAACCCUUGGGGUUUUCAGCCAAUAGAAAACGUGGGAACAGAGACAGCCGAUGAUGGGAGUAAUGGGUAUUUUGGGGUUGAGAGAAAAGGGUUGCCAUUGAAAUUUGGCGAGGAAGAGGAAAAUAAAAGUUCUGCUGCUGGGAAAAGUGGGCACACUAGGCUUUGUGCCAGAGGCCAUUGGAGACCAGCCGAAGAUGCCAAGCUCAAAGAGCUUGUGGCACAAUUUGGUCCUCAAAACUGGAACUUGAUUGCCGAGAAUCUCGAAGGAAGAUCAGGGAAGAGUUGCAGAUUGAGGUGGUUUAAUCAGCUAGACCCAAGGAUCAACAGGAGGGCUUUCACCGAGGAAGAAGAGGAAAGACUCUUAGCUGCACAUAGGCUCUAUGGAAACAAGUGGGCAAUGAUUGCUAGACUCUUCCCGGGCCGAACAGAUAAUGCAGUCAAGAAUCAUUGGCAUGUGAUCAUGGCUAGAAAACACAGAGAACAGUCUAGUGUUUACAGGAGGAGAAAGCCCUCUUCUUCUCAGAUCCUUACCAAAGGUUUUGAAAUGUCUUUCCAAAACAAUGCUUGCAGUGAAUCAGCCAACUCAAGCACCGUGGAUGAAUCUGCUUCAACCUGCACUGAUCUCUCCCUCACUCCCUCUUCUGAGAAAGUGCCCCCCAGUUUUUUCACCCAUUUUAGUCCAGUUCAGCGGUACCAACCCUAUGGAUCACAGAUGGGAUUCUCUGGAGAUCAGAUGGUGACGAUUGGGGAUGGGGGUUUGGACAAGUUCUACUGCACUGAUAAUGGGUUCUACAAGGCUGGGCCUAUCGGAACAGUCAUGGGGAUGGACCAUUUUGGCCAUUCAGAUUCAAACUCGGAAGUCUCUGCAGCAGAGUCAGUUGCCACCAAUAAAACCAAUAUACCAGUGUCUGCUGGUAAAAAUCAAAACAGGAAUGAAAAAAUCAAAAUGCCCUUCAUUGAUUUCCUUGGGGUGGGAGCUUAAAGAUCAAGGCGGAUUUUGGCUUGAGCGCUUAGAGAUACUGAGAACAGGGAAAAAGAGUAAUGAGUUUGUGGGACAUGAGGAUCCUGGAUCAGGCCUUUGAUGCGAAAAAAAAGUGUCUACGGCAGGUUAUUACUGUUUCUUGUACAGUUCGCCCUAGAUAAGGAAAAAAAAUAUGGCGUAUUACAGUAAAAAGUAAAAAGAAUGGUUGGGACGGAGGAGAGCGAGCGAGAGAGAUAUAUGAGUUUCAAUAUAAUUAUUAAAGACUGUUUUUGGACUUGUCCAGCUACAGAAUUGUUCUCUGAAUCUAUAAUGUUUUGGCAUUUGCGUAUGUGAGCCAAAAGCUGAAAGGGCUUUUUCUCUU